AUGCGCUCCACGGCUGCUGGUGGUGCCACGAAAAAUCAAAGGGGCCAGGCCAACCCUCGCGCAGGCCAAUCAUCGAAUGGAAUCGCGAACAACAACAAGACUACUCAAAAUCAUCAUAAUGCCACAGCGACCAACGCCAUCACCAUCAACAACAACAAGAGAAAGAACAAUAAUGGCAGCAGCAGCAACGCCACAGCCUCACCAUCCACCUCGCCUUCUCCAACAUCAUCAUCUUCUUCUUCCUACGCGUCCAAGCUCUCUUCGUCUGGUUCGGGCUCGCCCAACCGCCGGCAGCCCACUGACCCAGCCGCCACGUCAGCCAACAAAGCCACCACCGCAGCCGCCGCCGCCGCGACUGGCCAAGCCCAGCCGCACGAGGUGGUCGAGCAGGAGGAGGAGGAGGACGUGCGGGAGUGGCUGCACGCGAAGCUCGAGUCGACGUUCGGGCUGGACGCGAGCGUGUACGGGAGCUACCUCGAGGGCUUCCUCCAGACCGAGCCGUCUUCGGGCUCGGCCAGCGACGACGAAGGCGCACGCGACGCCAUCCGCGAAGUUCUGCUCGCCGCCGCACUCGACCAGGAGGGAGUGGUGGAGGAGUUCAUCGAGCAGCUGAUGCGGCGAUGGGCCAACCGACCCAAAGGCGCGGCUGCCGCGAGAAGGGCAACACCAACGACGUCGUCGUCGGCGCCUCAGGUCGCAGCCGGCCAACCAUCGACCGCCAAGCAGACCGCCUCCUCGCGGCGGAAAACCACCAAACCGCAGGCCAUCGCGCCGCCCAAGGUGCCGCCGUCGGCGGGCGCCAUCGGUCAGUCGGCGCGCGGUCGCUCGGCCUCCACCUCGGCUGCUCCGGCCGAAGCCGACGUCUCGUCCUACCCGGCGGGGUACUUUGGCGUGAGCAACCUCACCGCCGACGACGACGAGCUCGUCAACGACGAGAGGGAGGACGACGAAGAGGAGAUGCGCCGCCACACCGAGUCUAUGGUGUCGGCCCUCCUCGGCGAUGACCUGGGCCUGGGCCUGGGCAUGGGCGGCGACCCCGACGGCAUGAUGGUGGGCGGCCUGUCGCUCGACGACGACGACGCCUACGACACCGGCGAAUUCAACGGCGGCGGCGGCCACUACUACGGCGGCUUUGCGUCGCCGGCCGGCGGGUUCCUCAGCUUUGGCAGCGGAGGCGGCGGCGGCGGCGGCGGCAUGGGUUCGUCGUCGCCUGUACAGUUUGUCGACUUUGCGCCCUCGCCUUCGCUUUCGCUUUCGUCUUCGUUCUCGUCGCCGCCGCGAUCGCCCUCGCCCUCCUCUUCGCCCUCGCCUUCCUCCAUCUCCUCCUCUUCGGCCAAGGACGAAGCCUUCGAAAUGCUCGUCUCCAUGUUCAACGACUAUGAGCGGGAGGGGCUCCAACAGCUGUUCGAUGCGAACGACCGGGACAUGGAGCGAACGGUGGCCAUCCUGCUCGAAAUCGAGCGGGAGGAGGCCGACACCAACCCAGGCACCGCCGCCUCAGCCGCCUCCGCCGCCGCCACCGCCCACGGUGCUCGGGGUCCGCAGGCCGGUGCCGCGGUGGGUGGACCGGCAAGCGGCGCCGCAGCCAAGGGAGGCCUCGGCCCCGUCGACGCCAAGCACCCGAUGCAGAAGAUGCCCGCCGACGUGGUGGCGCCACCAAAUGCGAACAACAUUGUGUGCCGGUACUACCUGAAGGGCAAGUGCUUCCGGGCCGACUGCUGGUACUCUCACGACCUCCGGGCGGUCACCUGCAAGUACUGGAUGGCCGGCGAAUGCCUCAAGGGCGACAUCUGCGAGUUCAGGCACGGGUACGACCCGCAGCAGCUCCAGUCGCGCACGCAGAAGGUGACCACGGACUACGCCACCUCGUUCCCCUCCCUCCCCUCGUCUUCGCCCACUCCCGCCGCCUCGGCCGCCGCCUUCCCCUCGCUCUACGCCGCCCACCAUCACCAUCACCCGCAGCCGCAACACCAGCAUUCCAGGAAUGUGGCCGCCGCCAAGCCGACAUUCCUCACAUUCUCCGACGUCGGCGCGCCGCCACCACCUCAAACCGGCGGCGGUGGCGGCGGUGAUGCGAUGAACAUGGCGCAGCGGCUCAAGCUGCAGAAGCUGCAGGAGGAGUUCCAGGACCUGGUGGAGGAGGAGACGGUGCGCGACGUGUUUGUGCGCGAGGCGGGCCUGGGCUACGAGACGGCCAAGGCGCGGCUGCUCGCGCGGCACCCGGACCUCGCGGCGCGCAAGCAGGAGCGCGACCGGGAGCGCGAGCGCGAGCGCGCGCGGCAGCAGAGCCGGCAGGCGUCGCAGGCCGUCCAGGAGAAGAAGCUCACCGAGAUCAUCCGGGGCCUCAAGAAGAAGAACAAGGUCGGCUGGGUCGAAACUGGUGAGAGCGUGGGCGAGCAGUACUCGGCGCUGAGGGAGAGGGCGAUCGAGCACGCGCGGGUCCGCAACAAGCUGUUCCAGGAGGCCACGCAGGCCUACCUGAUCUUUCAGUCGCGCAACUCGUCCCACCCCGACGUGCUUGACCUCCACGGCCUGCACGUGGACGAGGCCCUCUCGAUACUCGAGACCUUCCUGCUCAAGCAGGCCCGCGAGCUCGUCGACGGUCCGCCCCAGUCGCAGUCGCAGUCGAGCCGAGCGCAGCACAAGUCGGCCGUCGCGACCGCCACCGGCCUCUACAACGGUUCAUUCUCUUCGGCCACGGCCACUUCGUCGGCGCUGUCGGCAUCGUCGGGGUCGGGGUCGAGUGGCGGCGGCGGCGGCGGGAAGGGCACACACGCCGGCUUCAAGCUGGUCUACGUCAUCACCGGGACGGGCCACCACUCGCAGAGCAAGAAGGCGCGGCUGCAGCCCGCCGUGCAGAAGUUCCUCGCCGAGCGCGGCUACGCUUCUGUGGACACCUCGCCCGACGGCCGCGGCGGCAUGCUCACUGUUACCAUAAAGCCUUAG